AUGCUCAUCGUAUCUGAUUUUAAACUGAACUCUGCAAUAACAGAAACAGCAUUUGAUAAAUGGCAUCAGUGUCCUGGUGGAAAGUAUGGUACUGGCUGUAAUGCGGAAUGCAGCUGUCGAAAUAAUGACGUGUGCGACAGAGUCACUGGAAAAUGCCCACAUGGAUGUCCACCUGGUUUCACGUCAGGCACUUGUAAAGAAGCAUGCCCUAAAGGCACAUAUGGAGAUAACUGUAGUAAAACCUGUCAUUGUAUUGACGACAGUUGCAACCCAAUAUAUGGUCAGUGUGCUCAUGGAUGUGUUGCUGGAUAUCAGGGUAUAAACUGUCAAGCAUUCUGCGAUAAAGGCACAUAUGGACUACAUUGCAACAAAAAUUUUCAUUAUUGGCUGUUUCUAUGUUUUCAAGUUAUUGUUGAAGAUGCUCCUGUUUUUGUAAAAGUUGUCGUUGUUAUUUUUGUUGGAGUGGUUGCGAAUUGGGUUGCAGUAGUGGUGUUUGACUUUCGUCUUGCUGUGUUCUUGAGCAGGUUCUGCGAUAAAGGCACUUAUGGACUACAUUGCAACAAAACAUGUAAUUGUAUUGAUGAUGACAACUGCAACCCGAUUCAUGGUGCAUGUCCUAGAGGCUGUGCAACUGGAUACACGGGUUCCGACUGUCAGGAACAGUGUUCUCCUGGAAAGUAUGGUUCUGGCUGUAAUGAGGAAUGCAACUGUCGAGAUAAGGACGUGUGCGACAGAGUCACUGGAAUAUGCCCACAUGGAUGUCCACCUGGUUUCACGUCAGGCACUUGUAAAGAAGUAUGCCCUAAAGGCACAUUUGGAGAUAAAUGUCAUAAACAGUGUCAUUGUAAUGAUGACAGUUGCAACCCAGCAUAUGGUCAUUGUGCUCAUGGAUGUGUUGCUGGAUAUCGGGGUAAAAGCUGUCAAGAAUGUGAGUAUGAAACAACUGAUUAUACCAUUGGAAUUAUGAAGUAA